ACAACUGAUAAACUGAUAAGUGAUAACGCGAUCAUGAAAAGUUUUUAGUACCUAGACGUUUACAUGCUUAUUUUAAUUUGAAAGUACCAUUCAGAAUCGGAUCCUUUUCACGUUAUGCAUUUUAUUUGAAGUACAUGGACGAAUCAACAGAGGUUCCUGAGCCUUCUCAGGUGACAUCACAUUUAACUGCGUUACUUGGAUCAGAAGUUUCAGCUCCUAUUUUGUUACAGAUUGCAAUAUACUGGAUUGAGCAAAGUUACAGUGUCAUCUACAUUCGCCCCACACCUCAUACAAAGCUGCCUCCAGAUAUCCAUGGAGUAAGCACUAUUCAAGAAAACCUACAGCAGUUCUCAAAUUUACUUAGAUUCUUGUACUUACCUAGCUGGAGUGACCUCCUGCAGUUUCUAUUUUGUGUCCAUGAAGCAGCAAGUGUACCACAUGUAGUACUGGUAGAAAAUCUAAAUUUUUAUUGCGCUACGGAGCCAGGUGUACCGCCUGAUGAGUCCCAUGCAGCAUUGAUUCUAGCAUCCCUCAAAGACUCGGUCACAGCUUGCGCAAGGAAACUGAAAACUUCGACUCACUUGGUUUGUUCAUUUGAUCACGUAGCCCACAAAGACUUCAAACUUCACCCUGUCUUUGACAUUUUCUUCUCAGAUUCUAUUUGGACUGUUAAAGAGCAUCCUGAUAACAAGGUCACUUUGUCAAGGUCAAGAGAUAUCUUCGAUAAAGAUGAUACUGAUGAGAUCCUUUUUGUCAAGACUCAAGAUAAGAUUUUAUACUUUGAGGGAAUCAAAAAGAUUUUUGCUCAUUGGACAUAUCACUCAUAAAAAAAAUUGUCAAAUCUAGAAAAUUAUUUAAUAAAACUAAAAAGAUGUCUUAUUAAAGUUACUUUUCUGUUUACUUGAAUUUCAUUAAAUUACAUACCUUUUUUUAUUUGAAUAAUCUUUCCGUGUAAAAUUUAAGAACUUUGCAAAAAAUGGAAAUAAACUCUUUAUCAAAACUUGUAGGUAGAUAUAAAUCAUGCCUGUCAAAUGAUGAACAAAAACAAGUUAAAGUAAGUCAUUGGUGGCUCUUUUAAUGUUAACUCACUUAUAUUGGUCAAUAUCUGACGUAUUAAACUUAUGAUGUUCAGAAAAUAUUUACCUAUCUCAAGACAGCAUUAUUUCAUUUUAUUACUUUGUUUAGAUGUCAAAGCUCCUAAUCUGUGAUUUAUCAAGAGUUAAAGUUAAGUUUUGUGUAAAUACUUCUUGUUAAAUUUUCAAAAACUGGAUAUGUUUCUCGAACUUAUGUUCUUAAACUGCAUUUUGCUCUAAGCACAUUUUUCCAUGUUCUUUUAAUAAAUGUUUUCAAACUUUAGAA